AUGGCUUUCGGCAACGACCUCGACGCCUACCAAGGCGCGUCGACCUCUCUCGCUCUGGUCGAGAAGUCGCGUGCUCGCAGCUUCCUCGGCCUUAGCUGGGGUGAAGCAAAGCUGCUCGUCAUUGCAGGUGUGGGAUUCUUCAUGGAGUGAGUAGAGUCGCGAACAGUGAAUGCGCAUGCAAGUCCUGCACCGCGAUCCCUGACCAUUCUUCUUCCCCCCUUGCAGCGCCUACGACCUGUUCAUCAUCAACAUGAUCUACGCAAUCCUCCUGCGCACCUACAAGGAGUUCAAGGUGCCACAGACGGAUAGAGGAGCACCGCUUUCCAACAUCACAUGGGGCCUGGAUGGAGGUGUGCUCAAGGCAUCGGCCAACAUCGGCAACGUUUUCGGUCAAAUCAUCUUUGGUUUCCUCGGUGACACUUUCGGCAGAUCAGCAGUAUAUGGAAAGGAGCUCAUCAUCAUCAUUGUCGCCGUCAUCAUGAUCAUCUCUGUGCCCGACUACCUUGGAGGUGUUGGCGUCACCGCUUGGAUGACCGCCUUCCGCUUCAUCAUGGGUAUCGGUAUCGGUGGUGACUACCCUAUGAGCGCUACCAUCGUCUCGGACCGCUCCCACGCCCACAAGCGCGGUACGCUCUUGGCCCUCAUCUUCUCCAACCAAGGUUGGGGUAACCUCGUUGGCGCCAUCGCCGCCGUCGUCGUCAUUGCCGCAUACAAGGGCCCCGUCACUGCCGGAGACACGCACAAGCUCUCUGGAGCUUGGCGCAUCCUCCAAGGUCUGGCCCUCAUCCCCGCUUUCGGCGUCCUCUACUUCCGUCUCACCCUCGUCGAGUCUACCCGUUUCACUCAGGCGCGUCAGAUUCAGGACGACCCCGAGCUGCUUGCCAAGGCCUCCGCUGCCGGCGUCGUCGUUGGCGAGUCUGACUCUGACGAGGAGCUCGCUAAGAAGGGUGGCGACACUCCUGUCGCUGCUGAGAACCAGGCUGUCGGUCUCAAGUUUGCUACCGUCGGCAAGAAGCCUCACAACGAAUUCUUCGAGUACUUCAGCGAGUGGCGCCACCUGCGCGUUCUCCUCGGCACAAUUCUCGGCUGGUUCUUGGUCGACAUUACCUUCUACGGCAUCAACCUCAACCAGUCCGUCAUCCUGCAAGCCAUCGGUUUCACCACUGGUAGCACUUGGUCCAAGCUCAUGAAGGUCGCCACUGGUAAUCUGAUCAUCACCGUCGCUGGUUUCCUGCCCGGCUACUUCUUCACUGCCGCACUCAUCGAGGUCAUUGGCCGCAAGCCCAUUCAGCUCAUCGGUUUCGCCAUGAACGCCCUCUUCUUCGGGAUCCUCGGCGGCAAGUUCGACGAGUACAAGGCGCACACCAACCAGAUCUUCCCCCUCUUCGUCUUUUUGCAGUUCUUCUUCAACUUUGGUGCCAACGCUACCACCUUCAUCAUUCCUGCCGAGGCUUUCCCCACCCGUGUUCGUGCUUCCGCUCACGGUCUGUCUGCCGCUUGCGGUAAGCUGGGAGCCAUUCUGGCUUCGCUCGGCUUCAGCGUCUUGGCCGACCCCAAGAAGUCGAUCGGCCAAGAAAAGGUCUUCUGGAUCUUCUUUGCCAUCUCCAUCCUUGGAUUUAUCGUCACUGUCCUCCUCGUCCCAGAGACCAAGGGCUACGAUGCUGACGAGGUCGACCGCAAGGAGCUCGCUGAGAAGCGAGGCCUCGGCGCAGAGACCAACCCCAACUUGCACUCUCUCUAG